AUGGAGAAGACGUACUCUCUCACUGCUCACUACGAUGAGUUCCAGGAGGUGAAAUACGGCGGUCGCUAUAGCAGUGACAUCCUCAGCAAUGGCAUGACCCUUCACCUAGGGGGCAGCCUUGACCGUCACGUGGGGCGCGCCCGAGGCGGGACCUUGUCUAACGGUCGUAACAAAGACCUGAGCAGCACCAGCAGCGGAGGACUUCCCCGAUGGAGCCGGAGGGAGAUCUGCCUCCUCUCUGCGCUGGUCUUUGCAGCGGGCAUGUGCGUCAUCUUGGGAAGCAUGCUGGCACUCAAGUACAUUUCUCUGGACCAGCAGGACCCGCAGUGCCGACAGGACUGUCAACGCAAACGCUCCCUGCUGCGGGCCGCUCGAUUCGUUCAGGCCAACAUUGACCCGACCAUCCAGCCCUGUGAGGACUUCUACUCCUUUGCCUGCGGUGGCUGGCUGAGGCGCCACGGGAUCCCCGAGGACAAGCUCAGCUACGGCAUCAUCACAGCCAUAGGAGAACACAAUGAGGAGAAGCUACAGCGCCUCCUGCUGGAGCCCGUAAGGAGGCGUGGGCCUGACUCAGCCGAACGCAAGGUCAAGGAGUUCUAUCGCUCGUGCGUCAACAUCAAGGAGAUCGAUGAACUGGGCUCCAACCCCAUGACGGAGGUGAUAGACAGCUGUGGGGGGUGGGACCUCGUAGGGGCUCCUCCUGGUGCUGCCGGGUGGGAGACAGAGGGCACCCCCCAGAGGCCAGACUUCAAUGAGCUGCUGUACAGGACGCAGGGCGUGUACAGCACCGCCGUCUUCUUCUCCCUCACCGUCAACGUGGACGACAAAAACUCCUCCAGGAACGCUAUCAGGGUGGAUCAGGAGGGGCUCACGCUGCCUGAAAGAAGCCUCUACCUCGGGCAGGAUGAGGACAGUGUGAAGAUCCUGGCAGCGUACAAGGCCCUGAUGGAGCGACUGCUGAGCAUGCUGGGAGCUCAAGACGCCCCAGAGAAGUCCAAGGAAAUAAUACAGCUGGAGACCCGUCUGGCCAAUAUUACUGUGUCAGAAUAUGACGACCAAAGAAAGGACAUCAGCACCAUGUAUAACCGCAUCACCCUCAGGCAACUACAGCGUAUCGCUCCCAGUCUUCACUGGAAACGCCUGUUGGACAGAAUCUUCCACGACAACUUCUCAGAGGACGAAGAAAUCGUGGUGCUCGCCACCGACUACAUACAGAAAGUCUCUGACAUCAUCAAGGCCACAUCGAAGAGGGUUCUCCAUAACUACAUGCUGUGGCGUAUCGUGGCGGCGCUCAGCGAACACCUGUCCACCGCCUUCCGCAGCACCAUCCACGAGUUUUCCCGGGAGAUCGACGGCACGGAGCAGCAGCUGGAGCUGGGCCGGCUCUGCCUCACUCAGGCCAACAAACACUUUGGCAUGGCGCUGGGAGCCUUGUUCGUGCAGCAGCACUUCUCCUCACAGAGCAAAGCCAAGGUUCAGGAGCUGGUGGAGGACAUAAAGCACUCCCUGGACCUCCGGCUGCAGGAGCUGGACUGGAUGGACGAAGCCACCAAGGAGGCGGCCAGAGCAAAGUUGAAGCACAUGAUGGUGAUGACGGGUUACCCCGACUUCCUGCUCAAACCUGAACUCAUCGAUAACGAGUACGGGUUCGACGUGGACGAAAAGACGUACUUCAAGAACAUCCUCAACAGCAUCAAGUUUAACAUCAAGCUGUCGGUGAAGAAGAUCCAUGAAGAGGUGGACAAAACCACGUGGCUCCUCCCUCCUCAGGCCCUUAAUGCUUACUACCUCCCUAACAAGAACCAAAUGGUUUUUCCUGCCGGCAUCCUGCAGCCCACCCUCUACAACCCCGAGUUCCCUCAGUCUCUGAACUACGGAGGGAUAGGAGCCAUAAUCGGUCAUGAGCUAACACAUGGAUAUGAUGACUGGGGGGGCCAGUACGACCGCAAUGGCAACCUCAAACAGUGGUGGACUGAAGACUCCUACAGAAAGUUCCAGACGAAGGCUGAAUGUAUCGUCAAGCUGUACGACAACUUCACAGUUUAUAACCAGAGGGUAAACGGUCGUCUCACGUUGGGGGAGAACAUCGCAGACAUGGGAGGUCUCAAACUGUCGUAUUAUGCAUAUCAGAAGUGGGUGCGGGAACACGGCCCGGAGAGACCCCUGCCCGGCCUCAGAUACACUCAUGAACAGCUGCUCUUCAUCGCCUUUGCACAGAACUGGUGCAUGAAGAGAAGAUCUCAGUCCAUCUACCUGCAGCUGCUGACCGACAAACACGCACCAGAGCACUACAGAGUGAUCGGCAGUGUUUCCCAGUUUGACGAGUUCGCCCGAGUCUUUCACUGUCCCAAAGGAACGCCCAUGAACCCUUCGGACAAAUGCUCCGUCUGGUGACCUCUCGGCUCGCCUUGUUGACCUUUAGGGUCGGAUUUCUUCUUUGUGAAGCUCCGCCCACUCACAUCCUCCUGCCCUACGUCACCUUCAUCAGAGUACAGGAUGAAACAGGAAGUCUCUCCUCGCCUUUAAAGCGUGCCGGAGGAAAAGCGCCUCUUCAUCAUCAUGCCACACGUUUCAGUCACACGUUUCAGUCACACGUUUCAGUCACACGUUGCACGCCGUCUGUGAAACAUGUACAUAUAUAUCAUCGUGUUAUAUUUUUCUAUGUUAUUUUCAAAUCAUUUAUUUUUCUAUUUUAGCAGAUAUCUCACUUUAUGAUGAGCUGAUUCUUUUUACAUCUCAUGACGUGUUUCCCUCCUUCGUGGCAUCAAGCAGAAAAACUUCAGCCAAUCAGACGAGUUCAGACGGGCAGCCAAUGAGAUUUCAGUCCCUUAACGUGGCGAGGACAGAUUUUCACAUGACCUGAGAUCAGUAGCAUCCUCGUGCCUGUCAAUGUGUUGUUCUUUCUGUGUGGUGUUGGGAGUUUGAUUUGUGCCGUGGCGCUGCCCUCUGGUGGCUUCAGACUGUAACGCCUCACUAAUUCAACACACCAUGACUGUUGUAUCCUUUGCCUGUUGCUGUGAGUGUUUGUACGUUUUUUAAAAAUUCGUCCACUUUUUUUAAAGGAGAAGAAAAAAGAUGGCCCACGUUUUUUCUCAGGAUUUGUAGCAAAGUGAAGCUCUGAAUGAGAGAUGCUCAGAUGUCUGUCUCUUUAAAUCUUCAGCCUAAAGAAAAGCGUCUCUUGAUCAACAGCAACAACUCCCUCCGAUUGGAAGAGGCUGAUGGACAGAGGAUCCUUCACUGAUCAGUGUUGGACUGUUUGUGAAAGCUGAUGUAGCUCAUGGCGCCCGUUGAUCUCCUCACGCUUUGCAUCUUUGUUCUCGCUAUCUGAGUGUCGGAACCAGAAGAAACCAUAUUAGAACAGGGGGGGGGUGUUGGUACUAUAGACUGUAUAAAGAUGGACAAUGCUUCUCAACCUCCCUCUGUUGUAAAAGUUUGAAGCCACAAAGCGUCUGUGAUGGACGCUGACAUGUUGCCUUGGUGACGUCAUUUGAAGUCAGACUCUGGGUGUGAGCAGCAGUGUUGACAUCCUGCUUCUUCCUCAAAACACACAUUUUAAGGCCCCGUGUCCACCUGGCGUUUUGAGCUCUUGAGCGUUUGUAUGAAGCGUUUGUGCGCUGAGAAAAGAAGCGCCACAGUCUGUUCGUCCUGUCUCCAUGACAACGGUCUUGUAUUGACAACGCUCGCUGUUUGACCGACGCUGUUCCGUUACUUUUUACUGCAUGUUUUAUAUUUGAGAUCGUUUUUUUCCUUCACUCUGAGAACCAAACGGACGGUGUUUGUCCUCCAUCUUUGUCAGGACACGGAGCGAAGACGAUGUGGUCACAGGGCACGACCCGUAGUAGGCAAAGAUGCGCAGAAUAUCGUAUACAGUUUGAAAAGAGCGCCAGUGACGUCAACAACGCCUUUCUGAAAACUUGAAAGAUUGUCAAGAACAAAAAAGGAGCACUCUGUAAAAAUCUGGGUGCUGUGCUUUUUUCUUUACGUGUCUGCCUGCUGCUGCAAACGCUCACUGCUCGCUGGUGCUCAGAAAGAAAACGCCAGGUGGACACGGGACCUAGUUUACAAAGAGAACGAGAAAGAUCCGCCCCCUAGUGGCCAUUAGAGAGAAUGCAGCAAUGGCUUGACUUUUAAAAACCAAGAAGCUACAUCCACUGUCUAUAUACAGUCUGUGUACGUCUGUGGACGCAGCGUGUGAGGUGACAUCAUGCAGGUUUUCAUCCAAUCAGAGAGAAGCUAACACUCUGUGUACAUACGAGAGAGGGCGGCGAUUUGUACGCAAAAAAAAAAUUACUUUUUUAUAAAAGAGCCGGUACAAAAAAUGUUGAGUCUUUGAGGAGAAGUUUCUGAGAUGUUACGGCUGUACAGUUUGUUUUUAAAGAACGUGCAUGUUUCUCAUCAUGGACCUGUGAUCGAUACAUGUCGAGGAACACACACACACACACACACACACACACACACGCACACACACACACACACACACACACAUACACACACACACACACAUAGGCCAGGAUCUACAGCUGCUAAUCCACAUGUGGCUGCUCUCUCUUCCUCUCUGUUGGUCACCGUUUAAUGUUUGAAUAAAAACAAAGGAUCACUGUG